AUGCCUGGCUCUCAUGAACACGAUGGUGGGCAUGAGCAUUCGGAUUUCGUCGAUAAAUUAAAACACCCAUUCCACGACUUGAAAGAGAAACUCAAGGACACUCACUUGCAUGAUGCAAAAAUAAAUCUUAUCCACAAGAAACACAAGCUUGGGAAACUUGCAAAUCUCUUUAAUCCGGAACACCGUCAUGACGAAGAACAUGAGAAGGCAUGCGAUGAGAAGCGCAGCAAGAUCUCCGGAAAUCACCGUUUCAACUCGUAUUUCCCCGAGCGUGAUGGCAAUCUCAUCAAAUGGUAUGUGGACGGGAGGGACUACUUCUGGGCCGUAUCCCUAGCUCUGGAGCAGGCGAAAGAGACUAUCUACAUCGCGGAUUGGUGGCUUUCGCCCGAGCUAUUUCUCCGCAGGCCUCCGUAUUUUAAUCAGGAAUGGCGCUUAGACAGAAUCCUAAAGCGCCGUGCUGAAGCUGGCGUCAAAAUCUAUGUUAUGGUUUACCGCGAGGUUGAAGCGGCAAUAACUUGUAACUCCGAACACACGAAGCAUGCGCUGCAGAGCUUGUGUCCUGAGGGUUCUCCAGGCUAUGGCAACAUCAAAGUCAUGCGACACCCUGAUCAUAACUUCUUAGAGAAUGCUGCUGAUAUGACAUUCUACUGGGCUCACCAUGAGAAAUUCAUCGUCAUCGACUACGCGAUGGCUUUUAUUGGAGGCCUAGACCUUUGUUUUGGUCGCUGGGACGAUCACCAACAUAUCCUCUCCGACGUUCAUCCUGAAGGGGUCGCCAACGAAAUUUGGCCAGGCCAAGAUUUCAACAAUAACCGUGUCAUGGAUUUUCAGAACGUCCAAGACUGGAAGCAGAAUGAGUUGAGUAAGGCUGACUACGGACGGAUGCCGUGGCAUGACGUGGCUAUGGGGGUCAUUGGGCCGUGCGUCUACGAUAUUGCCGAGCACUUUGUCUUGCGUUGGAAUUUUAUCAAGCGAGACAAGUAUAAAAGAGAUGACAGGUUUGACUGGCUAAUGCUACGGGGCCGAGAGGGCGUUGACGAGGACCUUGUGGGUGUGCAGCGACCGAAACACCCAGUUGGUGAAUAUGUGCUUCAUCCUUUAACGCCUGUAGAGAGCAAACACCUCGAUGGACGAGGCACAAUUCAUGCCCAAAUCGUCCGUAGCAGCGCUGACUGGUCCAGUGGGAUACUGACAGACCACAGCAUCCAGAAUGCGUAUUCGGAGGUAAUACGCAACGCUCGGCAUUAUGUCUACAUCGAGAACCAGUUCUUCAUUACUGCAACCGGUGAUCAACAAUCUCCCAUUCACAACACGGUGGGAAAGGCAAUUGUGGACGCCUGCGUAAGAGCUGGCAAAGAAGGAAGGAAAUUCCGAGUUAUAAUUGUCAUUCCCGCCAUCCCCGGAUUCGCUGGGGACCUUCGUGACGAUGCGGCAACGGGCACACGCGCUAUCAUGGAUUAUCAAUAUAAGUCGAUAUGCCGUGGCGAACAUUCAAUCUUCGAACAGAUCAGUGCACAGGGUGUCAAUCCGAGAGACCAUAUUUUCCUCUUCAACCUGCGUUCCUAUGAUCGCUUAAACAAGACACCCGCAAUCAAGAAGCAAGAAGAGAUCUCUGGCGUCAAGUACCAGGAAGUUCAGCGUGCCGAAGCAGAGGAGAUUAUGGGUGAAGGUAUCCAUGGUAUCGUAGAUGUCGAGGGCGAACGGGAUGAGCACAUGGGUAAAAGAGAGGAACAGAAGGAAAUUGCAGAAAAUACGAAAAGUAAUGAGGCCAAACGUCGCUUCGAAGAAGCUAAACAGGAUGGCUACGAUACCAAAUCAGCUUCAAGUGUAGCCCAUCAUGCCAUGGCUAACACUGGGACGCUCUCGGAAGAACCCUGGGAGGGUGAUUCCCAAGAGGAAGUUGACAAUUGGAUUCAAGAGGAGCUAUAUAUCCACGCCAAGCUCCUCAUUGUCGAUGAUCGCAUUGUCAUCUGUGGGUCAAGCAACCUAAACGAUCGGUCUCAGCUGGGUAAUCACGAUAGUGAACUAUCAAUCGUCAUGGAAGAUACCGAUAAGAUCCAGAGUGUCAUGGAUGGUCAGCCCUUUGAGGCGGGGAGGCAUGCAGCUACCUUGAGGAGAUAUCUUUGGCGAGAGCAUUUAGGUUUAUUACCACCGCAACAGCGCGACGCGAGCAACGACCCAAAUGCUCAGCCGCCGGGAGAAAACUCACCUAACGACAUCUGGGAUAGAGAUGACAGUUACAAGUUCGUUGAAGAUCCAAUGAGAGAUGAACUCUGGGAUAUGUGGACCACCAAUGCGACGACGAACACACAAGUUUUUAGACAUCUAUUCCACGCGGAUCCUGAUGACAACGUAAAAACAUUUGAAGAUUACAAUACCUUCUUACCUCCAAAAGGGGUCAAAGCCGGUCAUAUCUUCGACAGGUUCCUGCCCCCGGAUGACAUCCGUAAGAAACUUGACCAGAUCAAGGGGCAUCUUGUAUGGAUGCCACUGGAUUAUUUGAAGGAUGCGAAUAUGGCUGAGACAGGACUGCAAGUCAAUUCAUGGACCGAAAGCGUGUAUACUUAG